CUGGCACGAUCACGAUGAGCCGCCUCCGCCGCUCGCCGGCGCCCCCGAUGGACGACGACGACCUCCUCGGGGAGAUCCUGCUCCGCCUGCCCCCGCAGCCGUCGGCGCUCCCUCGUGCCUCCCUCGUUUGCAAGCGUUGGCGCCGCCUCGUCGCCGACCCCGCGUUCCUCCGCCGCUUCCGCGCCCACCACCGGAGGCCUCCCGUCCUCGGCUUCUUCUCCACCUUAGGGAACCCCACCUUCACCCCCGCGCUCGACCCGCCGGACCGUAUCCCCUCCGCGCGCUUCUCCCUGCGGCUCGAGGAAGGCGACCACUUCCAGUUCCUCGGCUGCCGCCAUGGCCGCGCCCUCGCCGUCAACACGCAUCCGCGGCCCUUCCUCCUGCUGUGGGACCCCGUCACCGGCGACCAGACCCGUCUGGCCGUCCCACCGGAGCUCUACGGCGACGGGACCGUCAUCUUGACCGGGGCGCUGCUUUGCUCUGCCGGCGACCAGGGACACGCGCACGGCGAUUGUCGUCGCUCCGGCCAUUUCCAAGUGGCUCUGAUAGCCACUGUCAAAAGAAGCCAUUCUCAUCUUUUCGCAACCGUUUACUCGUCGGCGACCAGCGAAUGGGGCGAAAUUAUCUCAAUGCCGUUCAUACAUUCCAGGAUCAAGCCAUCUACAGCUAUGAAAUAUUUUCAACCUGUCCUCACUCCCACUAUCUUGAUUGGGAAUUCACUCUAUUGGUCGUAUGUUCUUGGCGGAGCUUGCAUAAUUGAGUUUGAUUUGGACACGCAGAGGCUGGCAUUGAUAGAGCCGCCACCGGAUGCAUAUGCCCACGAUGAUACAGUUUUCGCCGUUAUGCCGGCUGAAGAUGGUGGCCUUGGCUUAAUCGUUGUGUCGGGCUUCCGUGCCCAACUAUGGAAGUGGGAAGCGGGUGUUCGUCAUGACGAUGCGACAUGGGUUCUGGGAAGGAUCGUUGAACUAGACAAGCUUCUUCCUCUAGGAGCAGCAGGCAAGAGGAAGCCUGUAGCCUUAGUGGGAUUCGACGAGGAAAACAAUGUGACCCUUGUAAGGACAUCUUGUGGCAUCUUCAUGGUCCAUCUCCAGUCAAUGACGUUCAAGAGACUAUGCAACAGUGGCAGCGCAAGGGAUAUCCAUAUCUACAAUGCAUUCUCAAGUUUCUAUGAUGCAGGCAAUGGCAUUGGUGAUGGGCAUGGUGAAGGUGAAGCGUUGGACGAUAUAUAAUAAUGGUUUUUUUUCCUGGUGGGAUAUACAUUGCUG